AUGGCUCGCUUCGGAGACGAUGUUCCCGGUCUGCUGGGAGCCGGGGAUGGGGGUUCGGAGCGCAGUCGGAACCGGGAUGCUCCGGCGGUAUCCACAGGUGGAGUUUCACCAGCCUUCAAACAGACCAAAGCGCAACGAGCACGAACCAUGGCCCUGUACAACCCCAUCCCAGUCCGACAGAACUGCUUCACCGUCAACAGAUCUCUCUUCAUCUUUGGAGAGGACAACAUCGUAAGGAAGUAUGCCAAGAAGAUCAUAGAAUGGCCUCCGUUUGAAUACAUGAUCCUGGCCACCAUUAUUGCUAACUGCAUCGUCCUAGCCUUGGAGCAGCACCUGCCUGGAGAAGACAAGACACCCAUGGCUAAGAGACUUGAAAAAACAGAGCCCUACUUCAUAGGAAUGUUUUGCUUUGAAGCUGGAAUAAAAAUCAUUGCUUUGGGAUUUGUAUUCCACAAGGGCUCUUACCUGAGGAAUGGUUGGAACGUCAUGGACUUUAUUGUCGUAUCGAGUGGGAUUCUGGCCACAGCAGGAGCCCACAUGAAUAUUUCAUUAGACCUGCGCACACUGAGGGCUGUGAGGGUAUUACGGCCCCUCAAACUGGUCUCUGGCAUUCCUAGUCUGCAAAUAGUUCUUAAAUCCAUAAUGAAGGCAAUGGUGCCAUUGCUUCAGAUCGGACUGCUGCUGUUUUUUGCUAUUCUCAUGUUUGCCAUUAUUGGAUUGGAGUUCUACAGUGGGAAACUCCACAAGCAAUGUGAAGCUGUAGGUAAAGAUUCUGAGAGAGUAGACUCACCUGAGUAUGAAUUUCCAUGUGGAAGCAAACUGUGUCCUCCUCAUUAUAACUGCUCUGGCUACUGGACAGGACCCAAUGACGGCAUCACUCAGUUUGAUAACAUCUUAUUUUCUUUACUCACCGUCUUCCAGUGCAUCACCAUGGAAGGCUGGACGACCAUCCUCUAUUACACCAACGAUGCCUUAGGCUCUACAUGGAAUUGGCUCUACUUCAUUCCUCUAAUCAUAAUUGGCUCCUUCUUUGUGUUGAAUCUGGUAUUAGGAGUCCUGUCAGGGGAGUUUGCUAAAGAGCGAGAGCGGGUAGAGAACCGGAGAGCCUUCAUGAAGCUCAGGAGACAGCAGCAGAUUGAGAGGGAGCUGAACGGAUAUCGGGCCUGGAUCGACCGUGCAGAGGAGGUUAUGCUUGCAGAGGAGAACAAGAAUUCAGGACCUUCUGCUUUGGAUGUGCUAAAAAGAGCUACCACCAUAAAGAGAAGAGGAGUGGAUGAUGCUCGAAGAGCUCCAGAAGAGCAGUAUGCUGACAUCUCAUCUCUAGGGAUGCCACUGAACAGAGCCAGCAUACGCAGUGCUAAAAGAGGACCAGCAUCCUAUUUCCGACGGAAAGAGCGACUGCUGCGGAUCUCCGUCCGCCGUAUGGUGAAGACUCAGACUUUCUACUGGACUGUUCUGGGUCUGGUAGCCCUCAACACUCUCUGUGUAGCCAUCGUACAUCACAAACAGCCACAGUGGUUAUCUAGUCUCCUCUACUAUGCAGAGUUUUUGUUUCUGGGUCUGUUUCUUACCGAGAUGUUUCUGAAGAUGUAUGGACUCGGACCCAGACUCUAUUUUCACUCCUCCUUCAACUGCUUUGAUUGUGGGGUUAUAGUAGGCAGCAUCUUUGAGGUGUUCUGGGGCUUCUUCAGACCUGGGACAUCCUUUGGGAUCAGCGUUCUUCGUGCCUUGCGGUUGUUGAGAAUUUUCAAGAUCACCAAAUACUGGGCGUCCCUGAGGAACCUGGUCGUGUCUCUGAUGAACUCAAUGAAGUCCAUUAUCAGUUUGCUCUUCCUGCUUUUUCUCUUCAUUGUGGUCUUUGCACUUCUGGGCAUGCAGCUCUUUGGUGGAAGGUUCAUUUUUGACGAGUACACUCCCACCAAUUUUGACACUUUCCCAGCAGCCAUCAUGACAGUGUUUCAAAUUCUGACUGGUGAGGACUGGAAUGAAGUCAUGUACAACGGCAUCCGGUCUCAAGGUGGCGUGAAGUCAGGGAUGUGGUCGUCUGUCUACUUCAUUGUUCUGACUCUGUUUGGAAAUUAUACGCUGCUUAACGUCUUCUUGGCUAUCGCUGUCGACAAUUUGGCCAAUGCCCAGGAGCUCACAAAGGACGAAGAGGAGGAGGAAGAGGCGUUUAAUCAGAAACAUGCCCUGCAGAAAGCCAAGGAGGUUGGGCCCAUGUCCUCUUUCAUGUCCUCAGAGAGAGAGAGGAGAAGGAGGUUGACCAUGUCAGUGUGGGAGCAGAGGACCAGCCAGCUGCGGCGGCACAGGCAGAUGUCCAGCCGUGAGAUCCUUUUCAGCAGCCCUAGUGAAGAGCAGGAUGGACCACCAGGCUGCCCUCUUCAACGGAAACCUGGACUAUCUCCAUCUGGCAGCAAGCGCAGAGGCACUGAGACCACUACAACCACAACCAUGCCAGAGGGUACCUUAGAGCCACCCAUGCCUAUGGACAUGCCUGUGGAUGAGCAAGCGCUAUCCAUUCCUAUUCCUGAACCCCCUUUAGCCAUUCCAAUUCCAGAGCCACCGAUGCGUGUGGACGCAUCCCUCCCUGAACCCCCAGUUACACUGAAUCUGCCCUUAACAGAGCCAUCUGAAUCAAAGACUUCACCCGAGGGCGCUCUGGACAUCAACAACCAUUGCCCUAGACUAAAUGGGAACAGGCGGCAGCGGGCAGUCCGUAAGCACAGGCCUCCUGCUAUGGGGGACAUGCUGACCCCUGAUAUGGGGCCCAGGCCCCGACGACCACGCCAUCGCGAGCUUUACACAGACCCCAGGGGUAAAGAGACUCUGCAAGGUGAUGAUGUUGAUAGUAAAGAACAAAAGCCAGGAAAUGAGGCUGAUGAAAAGAGUGAUGGAGAAAUCAGUCCAGAUGGCAAAGUGCUUGAACAGAGGCAGAACAAACCAAACAACACAGAAUCAUCCACAGAGUCCAAACCAGCAAAUUCCCCCCGCAAAAUCCCACCUCAGGACUCUGAACCUGCUACUUUACAGCUCACUGACAACACAUUGCAGCAGUCUUCACAGGGAACUACAUGUGCUGGUGAGACCGAUAACAAUAACCACGGGUCCUUGAAUCAGGAUAAGUCCUCCCUCAACACCAGCAUCGUGAUAGAGGUCACCGACACUCAGCCAUCCAUGGAGCUGACCUCCAUUACGGGUAAUAGUAAAGACGUGGAGAUCUCAAAGCCAGAGAAAGAAGAAGAAACCCCAGAUGCACCCAAAGGCCCUCCACCUGUCAGCAUGUUCAUCUUCAAACCCAACAACCCGGUCCGCAGGGCCUGCCACUACGUUGUCAACCUUCGUUAUUUUGAGAUGUCAAUCCUUCUUGUGAUCGCCGCCAGCAGUAUUGCAUUGGCUGCCGAAGACCCAGUCAACACUAAUUCGGACAGGAACAAAGUGCUGCGCUAUUUUGAUUAUGUAUUCACUGGGGUCUUCACAUUUGAAAUGAUAAUCAAGAUGAUCGAUCAAGGGUUGAUCUUACACUAUGGCUCCUAUUUCCGUGACCCCUGGAACAUUCUGGAUUUCAUAGUUGUGGUGGGAGCUCUGGUGGCUUUUGCUCUCACGAAUUUGAUGGGGAGUAACACAGGAAGAGACAUUAAAACCAUUAAAUCGCUGCGUGUACUCCGAGUUCUGAGGCCUCUCAAGACUAUUAAAAGACUUCCUAAACUCAAGGCUGUAUUUGACUGUGUGGUAACAUCACUGAAGAAUGUUUUCAACAUCCUCAUCGUCUACAAGCUAUUUAUGUUCAUAUUUGCUGUCAUUGCCGUGCAGCUUUUCAAAGGGAAAUUUUACUACUGUACCGACAGUUCUAAGGACACCGAAAACGAGUGCAAAGGUUACUACAUUGACUAUGAUAAAGACAAGAAAAAGGAAAAACGAGAGUGGAAGAGACGUGAUUUCCAUUAUGAUAACGUCGUCUGGGCUCUGUUGACUCUCUUCACCGUAUCCACUGGCGAAGGCUGGCCGCAAGUUCUGCAACACUCUGUGGAUGUGACAGAGGAGGACCGGGGUCCCAGUCAGGGGAACAGGAUGGAGAUGUCUAUCUUCUAUGUCAUUUAUUUUGUGGUGUUCCCCUUCUUCUUCGUCAACAUAUUUGUGGCCCUCAUCAUCAUCACCUUCCAAGAGCAGGGUGACAAAAUGAUGGAGGAGUGCAGUCUGGAGAAAAACGAGAGGGCUUGCAUCGACUUUGCCAUCAGUGCCAAACCUCUGACUCGCUACAUGCCCCAGAACAGACAGACCUUACAGUACAGACUGUGGCAAUUUGUGGUGUCGCCCUCAUUUGAGUACACAGUACUGACAAUGAUCGCCCUUAACACCAUCGUUCUUAUGAUGAAGCAUCAUGAUCCACGUCUUGAAGGCUAUGACGAUGUGCUCAAAUAUCUCAACACUAUUUUCACCGUUAUUUUCUCUGUGGAGUGUGUUCUCAAGAUCCUGGCUUUUGGUAUAAUGAAUUAUUUCAGAGACACGUGGAAUAUAUUUGACUUCAUCACAGUUCUAGGGAGCAUCACGGAAAUUCUGGUGGACAAAUUUCAGACUGGAAAAACUUUUAAUAUGGGCUUCCUGAAGCUAUUUCGAGCUGCUCGGCUGAUUAAACUCCUGCGUCAGGGCUACACUAUCCGUAUUCUACUCUGGACUUUUGUUCAGUCCUUCAAGGCUCUUCCAUAUGUCUGUCUGCUCAUCGCCAUGCUGUUUUUCAUCUAUGCCAUCAUUGGCAUGCAGGUAUUUGGCAACAUCAAGAUAAAUGAGAAAACCCAAAUCAAUGAACACAAUAACUUCAGGACUUUCUUUGGUGCACUCAUGCUUUUGUUCAGGAGUGCAACAGGUGAGUCAUGGCAGGAAAUCAUGCUAUCGUGUUUAGGAGAGAAGGAGUGUGAAAUUGACACUUCUGUCAACUCAACAACAAAGACGAUAAAACACGACUGUGGUACCGACUUUGCAUACUUCUACUUUGUCUCCUUCAUCUUCUUCAGUUCUUUUCUGAUGCUGAAUCUGUUUGUGGCUGUGAUCAUGGAUAAUUUUGAGUACCUGACACGUGACUCAUCCAUUCUGGGUCCUCACCACUUGGAUGAGUUUGUACGGAUCUGGGGAGAGUAUGACCGGGCAGCAUGUGGCCGUAUUCAUUACACUGAUAUGUACGAGAUGCUGACCUGCAUGUCGCCACCGCUUGGCCUGGGCAAGAAAUGCCCCUCCAAAGUGGCAUAUAAGCGGUUGGUUCUGAUGAACAUGCCAGUGGAUGAAGACAUGUCUGUCCACUUCACCUCCACACUUAUGGCUCUCAUACGCACCGCACUGGACAUUAAAAUUGCCCGAGGAGGUGAAGACAGAGGUCAGAUGGAUGUUGAACUGCAGAAGGAAAUCAGUGUCAUCUGGCCGCAUCUCUCACAGAAAUCUCUUGAUCUGCUUGUACCCAUUCAUAAAGCCAGUGACAUGACCAUUGGGAAGAUCUAUGCAGCCAUGAUGAUCAUGGACUACUACAAGCAGAACAAAGCGAAGAAGCUCCGUCAGCAGCUUGAGGAACAGAAACACGCACCAAUGUUCCAACGCAUGGAUGCAUCCUCGCUGCCGCAGGACAUCCUCUGCAGUGCCAAGGCUUUGCCAUUCCUGACCCACAGUGCAGGAUCUGCCCUCACUCGAGGUGGGUUUGUGGCACUGAGUCCCAUCUCUCCCCAAGAUCUCUUCAUGCAGCCCAUGACCCAAGACAGCAUGGAGGAGAGGGAGGAAUACCAACACCAGUAUCACCUGCAGAGCAUGGUGCCUGAGCACAAAGAAUUUAGCAGUGUGAUGUGCCCCACUAGCAUGCAGGCUGAUCCUCUGCAAGUGCCAGGAAGAGGCGUCUCUAUCCGAGCCUCUUCCAUGCCUCGCCUGGCGGUAGAGCCACAGGCAUCUUCAGAGAGCAAACUGAUGAAACGCUCAUUCUCCACCAUCGGGGAUCAGUGUGUAAAUGGUGACUGGCAGGAAGAGUUCUCUCUGGAGAGAGUGAGUCCCGACCGGCUGGAGAGACCCAGGCAAAGAAGUUUCAGAGGUGUCAGGUCAAACCUGCGGGAGCCAGUGGACAAAGAGAGAGGACGGUCUAAAGAACGAAGACACCUGCUAUCUCCAGAUGUUUCUCGCUGCAACUCAGAGGAAAGGAGUCAGUCUCAGGAGAGACGUCAUUCUCCAUCUCCCAGUGAGGGGAGGAAGCACACAGCUCUCAGACAGGGAAAUAAUACAGGCAGCCCUAUUGCCUCCACGUCUGAUUCAGGGACGCCUCGAGGACGGCGCCAACUCCCACAGACACCUUCUCGCCCUCGGCCCCAUAUCUCCUACUCUCCUUUAGUGUGCCGUGCCCAUCCCGUACCAGGGGAUGGUCUGUCACGAGCUCCACCCACAGAGGAAGGAGAGGAGCCCACUGCAACUGGUCCAGGCACCGCCAUGGCCCACUCUACCCCUCACCGCUACAUCUCAGAGCCCUACCUGCCACUGCAGGAGGACGUCAACAGUCCAGACUCUAGUGGUGUGGAGGAGACUCUCACUUUUGAGGCUGCAAUAGCAACUAGCCUGGGCCGCUCUAAUACCAUUAGCUCGGCGCCACAGCUACGCCACUCCUGGCAGGUGCCUAAUGGACAUUUCCGCAAACGACUAGCACAAGCCACAGCUGGGACGUCUGGCUGUGAGCUUCUCAGUGACACCGAUGAAGAUGACCGCUGUUAGGGGCAAAUUUGGUGUCACCAUAAGGGGCUGGAUUGAUGCCUCUGAACUUUGUGCCUCAAUCCAAGGAAAAUAUGCCUGUGUGUGUUUAUUUGUGUGUCUGUGAAUGUGGAGAUGUGUGAAACGCUGAAAUGAUCAAGUCCUAGCAUGAGCACACUGUGGUUUAGGAUCAGGUUUGUGCCCUUACUCUUUUUUUGGGCCAUUCCCAAAUGUGCUCAGGUUUCCAACCUUGACAUACUGAGACACCCCCAUCAGCAGAAGACAUGAAAAAGGCAGUGUUUACAUGGUUCUUUCCUAACAUAGUAUACAUAUAUAUAGCAACGUACAUGUAAAAACGAUGUCUUCUUGAUUUUCAGAGGCUGAUGGGCAGAGAGCAGAUGCGUAGCCAGAGCUUUGGCAUCCAGAUGGUUUAACUACCUGUGUUGUUGGUUCAUUUAGGAGGUACACACUCAUGCACACACAUAUCAAAUACACACACUCAGACCACAGGCAACGAUGUUCAGUCUGUCUAUGACAGGAGGUAAAAAACCCCUUUAACUGCAUAUCAAAAUAAUGACUGACAUUCCAUGAAGGGAACGGAGAUGUGAAGGGCCUGAUGAAUAGUGCAUGACAUUUAAUGCAAGUGCAUCCAGGUGAUGUCCUGGCCUUUAACAAUAGAGUCCAUAUAGAGGACUCGUGUAUAUAUGUAAAUAUUACAAAUCCAGUAUAUGUACUGAGAAGUCUUAAAGCCAUGUUUUCUGUAAAGAGCCUAAAUUGUCUUAAAGAUGUUAUCUUUUGUGACAUGAUGAUCCUGUCCUAUCUAUUUGUAAUGCAGACUAUUUGAAAUGGAUAUGAUUCACAUGCUCCAUGUUAUUUUUGUUUAGACUUUAGAUUUUUGUCCAAUUUCUAUUUUUUAUAUCAAGGCAAAUCCAAAUAUUUCUUGGCCCUUAGGAAAUCUUCAAAAUGUCUCUUUUAGGUGAAUUUCGCAGAGCAUGUCAGGGUCACUAUUUCACUCCAGAAACAUGAGGACAUGUUUUGACAUGGAAAAUUAUGCUCAUUUAGUUAUUAUAUAUUUUUGCAAUGCAACAUGUAUUAUUUUAUUUAUACAGUAAAUGCAGAAAACAAAAUAUGCUGUAUAAGUAAGUAAUGUGUAUUUAUUCAUUAAUUUUCCUUUCGACUUAGUCCCUCUAAUAAUCUAGGGUUGCCACAGCGGAAUGAACCGCCAACCUAUCUAGCAUAUGUUUUGCGCAGCGGCUGCCCUUCCGGCUACAACCCAUCACUGGGAAACAUCCAUACACACUCAUUCACACACACACACACACACUACGGACAAUUUAGCCUACCCAAUUCACCUGUGGGGGAAACCAGAGCACCUGGAGGAAACCCACGCGAAGACGGGAAGAACAUGCAAACUCCACACAGAAAUGCCAACUGACCCAGCCGAGGCUCGAACCAGCAACCUUUUUGCUGUGAGGCGAUCUUGCUACCCACUGCGCCACCGUGCAGCCCAUGUGUUUUUAUAUAGCGCAUUUAUUGUGUAUGGUCAUACACCCAAAGCGCUUCACAAUCAUUAGGGAGGUCUCUCCACACCACCACCAGAGUGCAGCAUCCACUUGGAUGAUGCGACUACAGCCACAGGACAACGCCACCACCCACCAGCUAUUGGUGGAGUGGAGAGACAGUGAUAGAGGAUGGGGAUGAUUAGGGGGCAAUAAUCGUAAGGGCCGAUGUAGGGAAUUUGGCCCCCUGCUGGCCUGACUAACACCACUUCCAGCAGCAGCCUAGUUUUCCCAUGAGGUCUCCCAUCCAGGUACUGACCAGGCUCAUCCCUGCUUAGCUUCAGUGAGUAACCGGUCUUGGGCAGCAGGGUGAAAUGGCUGUGAGCUAUUGCAAAAUAAAAGGGUGCGUACUAUUAUUCUUAUGAGAAAAAACAUCUGUAUUCGUUCACUGUAAAACCUGUUAAGUUAAUUGUCGCAAACCAUUUAAGAUUUAUAACAAUAUGGUUUGAGUACUAAAAACUAUUUGAU